AGAGGCUCAUGUUAUAGCUCAGUAAGACGUUGAUAACUGGUGAUACGUUCAGACAUGCUGAAUUUGACGUACCGGCUCUACGGUACAACGCGCGUGUCAUUCGUCUCUACACUAAGUCACGUAUUAAUCCCAGCAACAAUAUUAGUCAUUAGUUUUUUUCCCACUAUUUAACGCUCACUUCCGAGUUCUUUUGUGGUAGAGCAUUUCUCGAAUAGUUGUAUAAAUAGCAUAGGAUCUAUCUCGGGAAAUAGUUACGACAAUUGUCUAGUUGCAUUGAUAUGGUAAAUCCGUUACUGGAAUAGAGGCAAGACAAUUCGAAGCAAGAUAAACGGAUAUAGAAAGAAUUUAUAAUCUAGCUUCACGACAAUAUACUUAUCAUCGUUGGUCAAUAUGGAAGGCAAUGAGCAACACUGGAAAACUCGUUGUGGGGUUUUAGAAGAACAGUUAGCACGAUUCCGAGAACAGGCCGCUAAAGUUCGAGAAGUCAUUGGAAUCAAGCUGAAAGACUUGGAACAGAAACUUGAAGUUUCAGAAUCAAAUGUCACUAAAGCAGAAUCCAUGGUUCAUGAAUUAGAAGAACAAGCAAAAUCAAGCGAAGAAGAAGCUCAGAAUGCCAAUCAACGAGUUAAGCUGUUAGAGGAACAACUCCAGAAAAAUCAAGAAUUUAUGUCAAAACUACAGAGUGACUUGGAAUCUGAGAAACAAGAAAGAAUACUACAUGCACAACAAGUGGAGGAAAAGGCUUCAAGUAUCAGAGAAUGGGUCCAAAAUAAAAUGAGAGAGUUUGAAACCGAAUCAUCUCAAAUGAGGCUGGAGAGUGAACAUAUGAAAAGAGAGAAUGCCAAUUUACGUGACGCCAACCAACAAGCAAAUUUACUACUCGGUGAACUUAAAGAAAAGCUGUCCUUCAGUCAAGAGCAAGUUGUCAGGCUAUCUGGAGAGUUAUCCAAAAAUGAAAGAGGUGAUGAGCAAAGUCCUGAGUAUCAGGUCUUGGAGUGCCUUGAGAUUAACAAUGACAAAAAGAUUAUUUCACCUGAUAAUCAUCAUCAUAAUUCAACAUCAGUUGAUGACCCAGUCUCCCCGACUUCACUUGAACUACCAGCAUCUCCUAUGUCAACUACUGGAGACAAUCUGUUGGAAGAAUGUCAAAAUGAUAUCUGUGAUGAAACUCAGGACUCAAAUAAACACCUAAAUGAUGAUUCAGAAAAUUUGGAUGACUCCAAGAAAGAUAAUUCAGAGACUGCAAUUAAGAGAACUUCUAGUGGUAAAUCACCAUCAAAGAUACCUAGAUAUGUUGGUGAAACUGGAAAACAAGGCCAGCAAACAAACUCAGGGAAGAUUUCAUACUAUAUGUCAUUGAAACGAGGCAAAGAGAAUGAUGGAAAUGAAGCUAAGUUUUACAUUCAAGUACAUGAUCUGGAAAAUGCAAGUCCUUAUAUGCAACUGGUUCGUCAAGAAAGUAAUACGACUAUUAAUUCUGAGAGGGAUAGCUGUAUUUCGGAUAUAUAUACAAGCCCCUUUCAAACUAACAGAAACUCUGAGGUUUUUCCUGAUGAAAACAAACGAAGUAUACUAAACAGUGUUUCAUCAUUGUGUUCUAAUGAUCCAUCAGCUCUGGAUGUGAAUAAGCUAUAUGAGGCUUUAGUUCGACCAAUACAAGCAAAAUGGAAGUCACCUACUAAAACAGACAAAUCCAAUGAUCGUCCACAAAGUCCUCCCCCACCCCUACCCCCUAGGUAUCUGGACAAUCUAGAAGACACUAAACCUGUACCACCAUCACCUAAAAACAAUGUUAGCCCAAAAGAUGUUGUUAGAACUGAAGGGCAGUUUACCAGUUAUUUACCAAGUGAAUCGACAUUUGAUUAUGAUGCUGAUAGUACAGCUCCUAGUCUCCCAUCUUGGGUUAUGAGUGAGUCAGUCACUUCUCUGGCGACCGAUUCUCCUCCAUAUGCAACCCUGGAAAGCACAAAAGAUUUAAUGCUUAAGGAACAAGCAUGUCCUGUUUAUGCUACACUUAAAGGAAGGGCAUCCCAAAUCCGCAAUUUUCCAUUCAGUGGUGAAUCUACGGAUUCGUCUGAUCACGAGAGCGAUUCUGGUCGAGGCGAUGAUUAUCUGAAGCCCGUAGACUCAGAUUGUCCACAGGACACACUUGAUCGUGUGGAUGACAAAAAAGAGAAAGUUUUAAAGACGUGUGCAACUUAUACAACCGUUAGCUUAAAAAAGGGCGAUCAAAGGAAGGAAGGGUUUCUGACAAAACUUGGAGGUCGUAUCAAGAAUUGGAAAAGACGGUGGUUUGUGUUGGAAGAUGGCAAGCUUUACUACUACAAAAGUCCUACUGAUGUUGGCCGUAAACCACUUGGUCAGGUUCCACUGGAUGGUUCUUGUCGGAUAUCAAGAACUGAGGGAGCAUUGACUAUCGAGAUUGCCACAGCAAAUCGUACUUACUAUCUGACAGGAGAAACUUUAGACGAAGUUGACGAAUGGUUACGAGUUCUUCAUAACGUGAUGAGAAAGUUUUCGACCAGCCCGCUUCUUGCUCAGAUGCCGGAGAAAGAGGUUAUGUCAGGAUGGAUCACUAAGGUAAAGAAUGGAUUAUCCAAGAGAAGUUGGUGUGUCCUACGUGGAAAAUACCUGUGUUAUUACAAGAAUAAAACCGAUGCGGUACCAUACAGCAUGGCUAAUCUAAUGGAGAUAGUAGUAGAAGAACUAGAAACUGCAGAUUCUGAUGAAGAAAGAGAGCAAGCCGUAAAUUCCUACAGACAUUUUACUCUGGUUCUCAAGGGAGGAAAGCAAUCAAGUCCGACGUAUUUAUUGAUAGAUAGCAAAGCUGAAAAGGACCUGUGGAUGUUUCAUUUGGUUGUCUCGUCUGGAAGUGGACUGGGUAACAAAGGAACAGACUUCGAGAAGCUGGCAGCGAAAUUAGUUAUGCUAAACGGUGAUCCAGAAAGUGACUUAUGGAAUCAGCCAUUAAUGACGUUCACCAAAGAAGCCUUGACAAAACCCCUCACAACUUUACCUUCACUAGAAUUAGAAGAAGAAGCACUCAAGUUAUUCAAGUCCAUUCUUUUGUUUACCACCGUCGCCACUGAUGAGGCAGCCAUCGAUUAUCACGUGUCUUUGGCCCAGAAUGCCUUGCAAAUCGUACUCGAUCAUCCCGAGUUGCAGAAUGAGAUGUACUGUAUGUUGGUCAAACAAACAUCCAAACAAAUUCAUAGAGGACCCGAAGAUCUAGGGCAUUUUCUGAUGAACUGUGCUGGUAAGCGAUCGUGGCUUCGAGCGGAUUCGUCGGCCAUUGAAGAUACCAUUGAUCUUCGUCCAGUGCAGGAGUUUGUUUACCUCCAAUCUUGGCAGCUUUUAGCUAUGUGUACUUCACUAUUUGUUCCUAAACAACAACUGCUGUCUUUUGUCAAAGCCCACUUGGAGAGAUCGUGUAGUCUGAAAACUCGUCAGGGCAAGUACGCUGCUUACUGUGCACGUAGUUUAGAUAGAACGUUAGCCAAUGGGAAAAGAGAGGCCAGGCCAUCAAGAAUGGAGGUGAUAUCAGUACUUCUACAGAACCCCUACGACCAUAUUCAUCACAUGAACUUGGCUGUGCAUUUCGUUGACGGAAGGUCACAUGUCUUUGGAUUUGAUUGUUCAACGACUGUUGAAGAAUUCAUCGAAACCAUAAAUUCUAAUCUCGGUAUCCGCGGUUCAUCUGAGAGUGGGUACGCCAUUUUUACAGAUAACCCAGUUUCCCCUGUUGAACAUUGUUUACAAGCAAGCGUCAAGCUUUGUGACGUCAUAUCCAAGUGGGAACAGGCCAUGCGCAGUAACUGCAAGGGGAGACUGGAUACUAGUAGAAUAAUCAAAUUGUCUUAUAAGAAUCGGCUUUACUUCAAAAGUCUUCAAGCCAGAGAAAGUCCUAAAGAGAAAUACUUUAUGGUUUUUCAGACAAAUCUCAACGUGGUGAAGGGUAGAUUCCCAGUUAAUAAAGAUAUGGCGAUUGAAUUUGCAGCUUUGAUGGCUCAGAUACAGUAUGGCGACUACAGAGCUCACAGCAACUCGUUACCAAGUAAACGAAUAGAAAACGUCAUUGCGAAACACUUCCCAAAGCACAUACGAGAUUGUAGCGACAGCGAGAAAAGGUCUCUGACAUUAAAAAUGGCGGAGAAGUGGUCAACGUACCAUGGAUGGAGCGUACGGGAGAGUGUAGACAAGUACAUGGAGAAUGCCAAGCGAUGGCCAUUCUUCGGUAGCAAGCUGUUCAAAGCAAAGCAACGAGAGACAACAUCAUCGUCCAUUAAAGGUCGAAGACCUUCGUCUGCAUCAAACACGCAGCCAGUUUGGUUAGCGGUGGAAGAAGAUAGCAUAAGCAUACUGGAAGGAGAUACUCUACGCCUAAUGUGUCGAUAUAAAUACAAUCAUGUAGUAACGUUUGGUGGUUGUAAAGACGACUUUAUGCUCGUAGUCAACCAAUCCAUUAUGCGGGGAGGGAGCACAAUCGAACAAGGAACACAGAGGUUGUUAUUUAACAUGGCAAGAGGCAAGAUUCUCGAACUUACAUUGCUGAUGGCCAGUUAUAUUAACGCAAUUGUGAGGCAGAAGGGGAUCACGUGCGAUGUUACACCAAUCACAGGCCACCAACCCAACAAAGGAUCACUCGAAAUGAGGGUGUGGGACCUGGAAAGUGCUGAAUGGCCCAUUGUACCAGGCUCCAACGUAGGACUCUUGUAAUUCGUUAAAUAUAUUUGUAAAUAUCGUUAACAUUGUAGUUUACUGGUAAAAAUGGUCAGUUAUGGGAGUAGCUUUUAAUUGUGAAAAAGGAUGACACAGUACAAAAAUAUGAUAAACACGAAAUUAAGUUAAGUUGGGUUAUACUAGAUAUUUUUUUAUUUCACUUUAGUCAUAUUAAGUGUUUUCACGAGGAUAAGGAACUAUUCUCGAAAGCUAUUGUAGUUUGGUAGUAAAGCCUUAUUCGUUUUUCUUCCGCAACAUAAGAACAUCUGAAGAAUACUGAUUAAUUUUUAUCAAUAGUGCGGUACUUUAAUACUAAUAUAACUUGUGUUAAUUUCUGUAGAGCAUUCUGUAAUAUAGUUAACAUACCAAUACGUAGUAUUGGUAUUCGAUUUUCGACGUAUUUGUCCUUAUAGUUGAGUUCUUAAAAAUAGAAUAGACCUGAUAGAAUAAGUUUAAAUUGUAAGGUAUGUUAUUAGUGUAUAUAAUUUUCCUUUUCUCCUUCUUUUUCUUUUUUCAUAUUUUCAUUUCUCAAUUUUUUUUCAAAUUUUAAAACGUUUUCCGAAUCAAGAAAAAUAAAUUCAUUUAGUGAUUAUGCAAACCAUUAAAUUAUGAUAGUAAUUUAUAUCAUUAAUUAUGCAUUGUUUGAACCACAAGCUAUACAACUUUAUCGCAUUGAUUUUAAAUGAUCUGUAUAUAUUACAAAUUCGACAGACUAAAUGCAAUAAACCUCAGGUGUAAAACAAGUCUCUAAAUACAGUAUGAGGUAGAUAUGAUAUAUUAGUGUAAAAAACAAAUUAUCAUUGUUCUACACUGGGGGUUUACUGCAUUUAAUCUAAAUGCAAAUAAUAACGAGAAAACRUAGGUAUAGUUUAAAAUAACGGCGUAAAACGUCUAAAGUUUAGUUAUGACAUUAAAAGUAAUUAAAUAUA